UUUAUUCAGGAGCUGCCACUUGAGAAGAUCGGUUUAACGAAGAAGACAAGCUCACGACCUAUACCAAAAUUGGAUUACAAAAAUGCAAUCGUAGACGAUGCUACACCGUCAACUAUCCUAGACGAGGUGGAUCCUUCGUUGCAGGAGAAACUCUCCAGUCGCGUGCCUGAUUUCAGAGGCUUGCUGUCGAGCACUGCUGACGGCGUAGAGCCGAGAAAUCAUUUGGCUUUUUUGGAUAACAGAGAUGGUGCGGUUUGCCUGAAUGUCAUCAAUCCAAAUGGGAUGGAUAGCAAAGCCAUCACUGUUGGCCAGCUAAUGGAAAAGCUGUCGGAGGGGACGCCUGGACUUUGUGCUCCACAGGAACACAAAUCGAACAUCCAGGUGCCAAUUUCGUACACUUCGUAUGGACCGUUCAGUUCAUUUGCGCCACAAUUUGAUUCGACAUGGGCGACACUUUGCGAGCGUGACUCUCGAUUACUGCUGAACGCAUAUGGUGAUAAGUAA